AUGUCAAGUGCGGGGAGUCACGUGCUAGCUGAAUCCUUCUGCGACAUGCUUUCGGCAAGUGCACAAAGAUCCCGGGAACCCAUGCGGACGAACCAUGCGAACUUCCGACGUGUUCACGUGCAGUAUGCUUUUGAGGCUUCCACAUUCGGUGUAGCCUGCAUAUCAAACCUUGAAACAGCGGUCUCAUUAUCAUCAAGGUCCAGAUCAAAGUGGGUCCGCGAAAAUUUCGGUGGCAGCAGUGCAACCAAGGUCUUGAUCGUUUACCGUUCACGAAUCUCAUCGUCUGGUUGA